CGAAUAAAUGCUGAACGACAUACACGAAAACUGAAUGUAAACAGCUGUAUUUACUUAAUUGAGCAUUUGUCUACAUUAUAAAUUGUUUUGUUGAAACUCUAAAUUAAGCAACAGUUUGAGUAACUAACGGAACAGAAAAGAAUCUCUAUAGCGAUGUUAAGCAAUUGGCGGAAUUGGUGCCGUUUGUGUGCGAACGAAUGCGCCGUCUUCAAGUUGGAAUCUCUCGAAGAGCUCAAUGAGAUUACGCUGAGGCAUUUCCACUUCUCGCUUCAGCACCUCAAUGAGGUGUGCAAUUGCAUCUGCGAGGAAUGCUAUGGCUUCGUAAACAAGUUGGACCGCUUCAAGGAACGCUGCAUGCAAACGAGCAAAAUGCUGUUGGAACUAUGCGCCACUAGCGACGAUGAACUGCUAGACAGUGACAUUCAGGAUUUGAGAUUUCGAUUUCUAAGCGAUUCGCUAUUUGCGGCGGCGGGCUCCGAAGACAACCAGGACAAGAAAUAUGUUGCGCCAGUAUUGGAUCCACUGAUUGAGCAAGAAAUGGAUACAAAUGAUCUAGUGGGACUGAAAAUCGAGCGCGUGCAGCAAAUUGAAACGAAGGGUCGGCUGAAUGACCAUGGAGAGGACUCGCAGGAUGAACAUCUUGUGUCGGAGCCGCUUAUAGAAAUCGAUUAUGGUAGUGAUAAUCGAGUCGCGGAUAUUGUCGAAGAGGAAUUUGAUCAAUUUCAUGAUCCAAAGUUAAUUCAUUUCACACAAGAUGUUCAGCAAUCCGAUGAUGACUAUAAUGGGGACCAUGACACAGUAUCUGACGGUGAUAUCAAGGAGGAGCAGGGCGAGGAUUGUUCAUAUUCACGCAGCAAACGGAAAGACCGAAAGAAAUCGUUUGCAAAAACACCGAAUGCAAAAACAAACGACCCAAUUAAAUAUACGACAUGUGAACUGUGUAGUAAGACAUUCCGUAGCCAACCAGUUUAUAUUCAACAUUUACAGUCUCAACAUCCCGAGUUCGAGCAGCUAACCUAUCCGUGUUCAAAAUGUCCGAAGCGGUUUCUGUCCAAGAAGAAUGCUAAAUUGCAUGAAUCGGUACAUCUGCCGGAUGACCAGAAGUUUAUACACCCUUGCGGUUAUUGUGAUAAGAAAUUUAGCAAACUAGUUAACGUUCAAGCUCAUAUAAAAGCAGUCCACAUUGGAGAACGACCAUUUAUUUGUGAGGAAUGCGGAAAGGCUUGCGCAUCCAGCGGUGCACUUAGAGACCACAAGAAGGUCCACAGUAAUGAGACCCCGUUUCAGUGCUCUCAUUGUCCUAAAAAGUUCAAAAAUUUACCCACUCUUAGGACUCACGAAGAUAUUCACAAUGACACGCUGUAUGUUUGUUCACAUUGUGGGCUACAGUUGAAUACCAAGCGAACGCUUAAGAUGCACAUGGUUGUGCACUCGGACCAGAAGAAAUUUAAGUGCCAGUACUGCGGUAACGAGUACAAGCGUUCGAAAGCACUCAAGACACAUCUUAUUCUCCACACUGGCUUACGUCCCUAUCAAUGUCCGUUUUGUGAAAAGACGUUCGCAAAUGGGUCCAACUGUCGGAGUCACAAGAAGAAAGCUCACCCAAAAGAAUUGGCUGCGUUGGAAGCGUCCGGUGGCCAAACACACGCGACCAAUAUACCUAAGUUGGAACAACUGCAACCGAAGUGCAGCAAAUUCGUGUCGCUCCAAGGCAGGAAAUCGCCACUGGCGAAACCCAUCGAAGCUAACCAACAAUCCGCGAGUCAGGAAACGAUACUGGAAGUGACAGGUGUCCCAGCGACAUCGUCGACCUCGGAUGAUGUAGUUGCACCACAAAGUGCGCGAUUAGUGAGGGCUUAUUUUCACUCGCCGAGUGAACCACCUCCCUUGAAGAUCCUGCCAAGGAGCAACAAAACUUGCAAAGCAAAUGAACUUUCGGACCGAAGUUUCGACGGAAAUACACCUUUCGAAGCAUCAGCCGAAUCACGGACAGAACAGCUGGAGCUAACCGUAACGAGUUUGGUUGAACUUCCCCCACUUCAUCUGAUUCCGACGGACAAUCUUUGAGUGGUUUCAUUCUUUAGCACCUAAUACACACCCCUAUUCUGCAUUCCGUCGGAUUUCCAUUUCGUUCGAGUUAUAAUUUCGCUUUCUCUAUUUCGAACUUUUUGCCUAAUUAAUGUUAGAAAAGAAACAGAUCGAACGAAAUGCAAUGGGAUUUUCUCAAGUCGUUCGAAAUAUUUCGAAUCGAUCGAAAUACAGAAUAGGGGUAACAGACUGUUUUGAGGUAUGACUACUUUACAACUUUGUCUUACGUUGUCACUUCUAUACUCUACAAUAUUUUAAAUGAGCCAUGCAACGAAAAAAAAAAUGAAAAUAGGUACUAGUAAACAAGCGAUCAAUUUAAUUCAAAAUUCUUAGUCCCACGUCAACAAUGAGUUCAUGUCACCUGUUUAUGUUUUUUUACUGCCAAUGUUGAUGAUGACCAAAACAAAAUAAAUGAUGUCCGUAUGUUUUGAAA